AUGUCGUCCCAGAGCGAGAAAGUACCCUCCAGCUUCCCUGCUCGCGCUCAAGCAAAAUGGGUGUUUAUCAGGAGCCGACUCCCCGUCAUACAAGCCAACUUCGAACUCCCCACGCUGCUUGCAAUCGGCAUGUGUUUACAAGGCCUGAUUUUCGUGCUCUUGCCUAGCUAUCUCUCAGUUGCGCCUGCUGCGCUGCUCUUAAUUUACAAAUUGUCAUACACGCGUCCCAAAGGCGUGGAAGCGAACUGGAACCUCAAGCAUGCUAGGCUGGGGAAAUGGAGCGCUACUGUCCCCAAUCACAAUGGGACGAUGCCCGAAAAAGCCGGGUCGAACGGGGUUGUUUGCUUCGUGGUUGGGAACCAUCCGUUGGGGUUAUUUGCCCCUGGCCUGAAGGAGACGGCUACCUGGUUCAUGGACAUGUGGAAGGAUGCAGCAGAGAACCGUGAGAGAUGGGGAUAUCUCUCCCACACCGCUCCCCUCGUAUCCCAAGGCCCCAACCGCGGCAACUUUCUCGUCGUCCUCUCCUACUGGAAAAGCCUCGACCACCUCCGCGAUUUCGCCGCCCACUCCGUCCACGCCGAGGGGAGGAAAUGGUGGGAACGCACUCGACAGCAGUGGCCGCAUAUUGGAAUCUUUCAUGAGACCUAUGUUGUGCCCCCAGGACACUGGGAGACGAUCUAUGAGAAUAUGUGGCCCUUUGGUAUGGGUCAAAUUAGGAGGGUAGAAGGGAAUGGGGAGGGGUGGAAGUUGAGCCUGGGCGAGGUUGGAGGUGUGUUGGGGAGGGCAGAUGGGAAUGAGUGGAGGAGUAUGGAUGUUAGAAUGGGGAGGGGAGAUUGA